AUGGAGAAAGCAUCUCUGAGGAGUUCUGCUUACUCUGAACCUGGAAGGAUGAGUGUGAUUACUCAGAUUGGAGAGAAGCAUCCUAGCCAGAGAGCAGUUGCAGUCACGGUGCCUUGUGGUUUGAGUCCCUAGAUCAUGUGCCCUAAGGGAAGUAAGUUGGCGGUGGCCGGGGAUGACAGAGACUCUCAGGCCUUGGCAGGUAACAAGAUUUUGGUGAAGCAGUUGCCCAUGCUUGUGGUGGACAACUAUGCAGUCAACGUUAGCUGCAAGUAUACCUACAACCUCUUCUCAAAGGAGUUCCGGGCAUCGCUUUAUAAGGGAGUGGACAGUGCUGUGGAAGUUUGUGUUGUGAAUGGGAAUUACUCCCACCAGCUUCAGUUCCACUCAAAUACAGGAUUCAACUGUGAUGGGAAAUUGGGCAAUGAAACAGUGACAUUCUACCUCCAGAAUUUGUAUGUUAACCAAACAGAUAUUUACUUCUGCAAAAUUGAGGUCAUGUAUCCUCCUCCUUACCUAGACAAUGAGAAGAGCAAUGGAACCAUUAUCCAUGUGAAAGAGAAACAUCCUUGUCCAAAUCACCCGUCUCCAAAGUCUUCCAAGCCAUUUUGGGCACUGGUGGUGGUUGGUGGAGUCCUGGCUUUCUAUAGCUUGCUGGUAACAGUGGCCCUUUGUAUUUGCUGGAUGAGGAGUAGGAGGAGCAGGCUCCUUCAGAGUGACUACAUGAACAUGACUCCCCGGAGGCCCGGGCCCACCCGCAGGCACUACCAGCCCUACGCUCCCGCCCGAGACUUCGCGGCGUACCGCUCCUGA